CUCUCUGCAACUUUUUCUUCUUCUUUCUCUCUCUAAAACAAAAACGAUGAUUACAGGUAAAGAUAUAUACGAUGUACUAGCAGCAAUAGUCCCGCUGUACGUGGCGAUGAUCCUCGCGUACGGCUCGGUCCGGUGGUGGAAGAUCUUCACACCGGACCAAUGCUCCGGCAUCAACCGCUUCGUGGCGGUGUUCGCCGUCCCACUCCUAGGGUUCCACUUCAUCUCCUCCAACAACAUCUACGCCAUGAACUACCACUUCAUCGCCGCCGACUCCCUCCAGAAGGUCGUCAUCCUCGCCGCCCUCUUCCUCUGGCAGGCCUUCUCCACCCGGUCCGGCGCCGCCGCCGUCUCCUCCGACUGGAUGAUCACCCUCUUCUCGUUAUCCACCCUCCCCAACACCCUAGUCAUGGGCAUCCCGCUCCUCCGCGCCAUGUACGGCGACUUCUCCGGCGACCUCAUGGUGCAGAUCGUCGUCAUGCAGAGCGUCGUGUGGUACACGCUCAUGCUGUUCAUGUUCGAGUACCGGGGGGCCAAGCUACUCAUCACCGACCAGUUUCCGGAGACCGCCGCCUCCAUCACCUCCUUCAAGGUUGACUCCGACGUCCUCUCCCUCAACGGCCGGGAGCCACUCCAGGCCGACGCUGAGAUCGGCGACGACGGAAAACUCCACGUCGUCGUGAAGAGGUCCACGUCAGCAUCGAUGAUAUCCUCCUACAACCACCACAACAAGGGUUUGAACUCCAGCGCGAUUACUCCGAGGGCUUCGAAUCUCACCGGGGUCGAGAUUUACUCCGUCCAGUCUUCGCGUGAGCCGACGCCACGCGCCUCCAGCUUCAACCAGACGGAUUUCUACGCCAUGUUUGCCGGUAACAACAAAACCGCCAGCCCGAAGCAUGGGUACACGAACAGCUACGGCGGAGGGGAUGUUUUCUCGUUGCAGUCGUCGAAGGGGGUCACCCCCCGCACGUCGAAUUUCGACGAGGAAAUGAUGAAGAUGGGGAAGAAGAGGAGCGGCGGCGGCGGUGGUGGUGGUGGUGGUAAUAAUAAUAAUAUCAAUACUGGGAGGAGUAUGAGUGGUGAGCUUUUUCAGCAUUCGUAUCCUCCCCCGAAUCCCAUGUUCUCCGGUGGUGGCCCGAGGAGGAAGGAAAGUGGCAGCAGCGGCGGCGGUGGUGGUGGCAAUGCCAACGGCAGCAUUGUUAGUGGUGGUGGUAGUGGGAAUAGCAAUAAUCCGAAUAAAGAACUGCACAUGUUUGUUUGGAGCUCGAGCGCUUCGCCCGUGUCCGAAGCAAAUAUGAGAAAUGCCGUUAACAAAGCCGCCUCCGGUGAUUUUGCUAGCACCAUUGACGCUCCGUCAAGAGUUCUGACUGUAUUAAUUUACGAUUUAUUUAUUUUUAAUAUUUUGAUAGAGAAUGGAAGUCCAGUUGGGAAAAUGAAAACGGGAGACGAAAAGGAGACUGAGAUUGAGAAUGUAGCGUCGAAGUUUCCGGCGAACGCGUCGCCGUAUAAUAAUACAUGCCAGAAGAAGAUGGAGAUGGAUCCGGAGGAAGGUGGUGAGAUGAUGGGUAAAAAGACACAAAUGCCCCCAGCAAGUGUUAUGACUAGGCUUAUACUAAUCAUGGUUUGGAGGAAGCUCAUUAGGAACCCUAAUACUUAUUCCAGUCUUAUUGGCCUUAUUUGGUCUCUUGUAUCAUUCAGGUGGAAUAUCGAGAUGCCUUCGAUCGUGAAAGGGUCGAUAUCGAUUUUGUCCGAUGCAGGUCUUGGCAUGGCCAUGUUUAGUCUAGGUUUAUUCAUGGCUUUGCAGCCGAAAAUCAUAGCUUGCGGAAAAUCGGUGGCGACGUUUUCGAUGGCGGUUAGGUUCUUGACAGGGCCAGCUGUCAUCGCCGCAACCUCCAUCGCAAUCGGCCUCCGAGGAGUUCUCCUGCACAUAGCAAUUGUUCAGGCUGCUCUUCCACAGGGAAUUGUCCCCUUUGUGUUUGCUAAAGAAUACAAUGUUCAUCCAGACAUACUCAGCACUGCGGUUAUUUUCGGGAUGCUGAUAGCUUUGCCCAUAACAAUUCUGUACUAUGUGCUACUUGGGCUGUAAGGUUCUGUUUGGCGUAGCAGAAUAGAAAAGUGGAAAAUUGAAAUUUGCUGAAUUCAAGAAGAAGAAGGGAUGGAUUAAUUAAUCAAUACCAUGGAGUAAACUGAAGAUAAUGCAUUCAUGCAUGCAGGAUAAUUAAUAUAUUAAUUAAAUUAAAUUAUUAUUUUUUCCACGUUGGAGUCAGUGUACAACUUGGAAAUUAAAACCAUAUGCUACCUGCAUGCAUGCAUGUGGCUCUUUGUUUGAGCUUUACUAUACAAAAUUUCAUUUCAAUAUUA